CCUAGUUAAUUCGAAACUUCCAAACUCGAGCUGCUGAACGGCGCUACAGAGACGCAAGUUUCUCUUUGUUUUUAACGUGAGUGUAUAUUAGCCGGAAUACGGUAGCAUAGGCUUGGACUCUGAUAAUGUGAGUGCCUCCGACAGUAACAUGGCGAAGGCUGUUCUUUUUCCCAGUUCACCUCCCCAGUACUGGUAUCUGUAACCGAGGGCAUUUGCAAACGACCGGGGGAAUAAAGGGAACUGCGAUCCAGGGGAAUUAAUACACACACAAAGUCACAAACCAAGGAAGCUGGGGUGCAGCAGUCUCCAUGAAUGUAUGUCACAAUGAUGAUGGCAGACCAGAUACCCUUGGAACUCCCUCCUUUGUUGAACGGAGAUGUCCCCAUGAUUCCUCACCUGGUCAACGGGGACGGGUCGCAACAGGUCAUUCUGGUUCAGGUUAACCCUGGAGAAACCUUCACCAUCAGGGCAGAAGAUGGGUCCCUGCAGUGCAUCCAAGGUCCAGCAGAGGUGCCCAUGAUGUCUCCAAACGGAUCCAUCCCCCCCAUCCACGUCCCACCAGGCUACAUCUCACAGGUGAUAGAGGACACCACGGGAGUGCGUCGGGUAGUGGUGACUCCGCAGUCUCCGGAGUGCUUCACCCCGAGCUACCAGUCGGCGAUGUCUCCGAGCCCCCACCUGCCCCCGUACAUCACGCACCACCCGCACCUCAUCCCGCACUCGCACACUGCCUACUACCCGCCGGUGACGGGGCCCGGAGACCUCCCCCCACCCUUCUACCAGCACCACCUCCCGCCCACCAUCUACGGGGAGCAAGAGUUUAUCCCUCUCUAUGGGAUGUCCAGUUACAUCUCCAGGGAAGACCAGUACAGCAAACACGACCGCCUGCACAAGAAGCUGAAGACCGAGAGCCGGCAGAACCGCUUGAACAGCCCGCCCACCGCCAUCUACAAGAGCCACAUGACUUCCUGUACCACCAUCUACAAUGGCUACGGCAAGGGGCCGUGCGUGGCGGGGAUGGCGGGGGUAGGGGGUGGCGGUGGCGGCUGCCUCAAGAAGCCGGAGAGGAGAGCCAGGAGCAGCCCCAAGAUCAACGAGCAGGAGAUCCAAGAUUAUGACUCGGAAACAAAGCGAGUUCAAGACAUUCUUUCAGCGAUGGGCAAGCCACAGGUGUCCAACGUGCAGGCCAGGGCAGCGCUGCUGAGCUGGGCCCCCCCUGUGGGUCUGGCCAACGGGGACAAGCACACCAACGGCUUGCCCUCCACCUGCAACUAUGAGGUGGCCUCGUCAGACAAGGGCAAGGACGGCAAGUACAAGAUUAUAUACAGUGGCGAGGAUUUGGAAUGCAGCCUCACUGACUUACGGCCGACAACAGACUACCACAUCAGAGUUUCCACCAUCUACAACUCGGUGAAGGGGUCAUAUUCGGAGCCGGUCAGUUUCACCACACAGAGCUGUGCCCCCGACACCCCAUUCCCCCCAAAGGUGGCGCAUCGCACCAGAAGCACCCUCACCAUUCAGUGGAAGGCACCUCUUGACAACGGAUCAAAAAUAACCAGCUACCUUCUGGAGUGGGACGAGGGCAAACGGAACAACGGGUUUCGGGAAUGUUACCUGGGCAGCCAGCGACAGUGUAAACUCACCAAGCUCCUACCCGCCAUCGGCUACACCUUCCGAGUAGCAGUCUGCAAUGACAUCGGGACCAGUGGCUACAGCCAGGAGGUGGUGUGUUACACAGCGGGGAACCUUCCCCAGACCCCUGCAGCCCCCCGCCUGGUGCGAGCGGGGGUGACCUGGGUGACGCUGGAGUGGUGCCGGCCGGAGAGCUCGCUGCCCGAGGAGAUCAUCAGCUACACGCUGGAGAUGGAGGACAACAGCACGGUAUCUGGUUUCCAGUCGAAGUACACGGGUGAGGAGCUGACCAACACGGUGAAGUCGUUGACCAGGAACACCCAGUACAAGUUCAGGCUGAUAGCUUCCAACGCAGAAGGCAAGAGCAAUCACAGCGAGGUGCUGGUGUGCAUCACCAACCCCGACCAGCCCGGACCCCCCUCCGCACCUUACCUCAUCGGGACCCCGACCUCCCACAGCCUCCACCUGAAGUGGGACUCCCCAGAGGACAAUGGUGGAUCGGAAAUUCUCAAGUAUUUGCUGGAGAUUUCGGAGGGCAGUUCGGAGGGCAGUCAGUGGGAGGUGGUGUACAGCGGAGCGUCCAACGAGAACGUGCGCGAGGACCUGAAGCCGGGCACCGCGUAUCGGUUCAGGACGUGUUGUAUCAGUACGGGCGGUCACAGCCAGUGCUCGGGUAGUCUGUCUGUCCGCACACAGAGUAUGGCCCCCGGACUCUGCCAACCUCCCCGGCUGCUCGGCAAACCCAAGCACAAGGAGCUUCACAUCGAGUGGGGUUCUCCGCAGGGUGAGGACAGUGGGGUGAGUGAGUACAGUGUGGAGAUGAGCGGCGAGGGUCUGGAGCCGCUGGAGGUGUACUGCGGCUCCGAGCUCCAGUGCUCUGUCAGCUGCCUCGUGCCGGGAACCACCUACAGGUUCAGGGUGAGGGGUGCCAGUGACGCAGGGUACGGAUCCUAUUCGGAAGUGACGGACCUCACCACGGCAGAAGGACCACCAGUACAGUGUAAAGCACCCAUCCUCUCCUGCACAUCGAUCACCAGUGUACUGGUGAGCUGGGAGAACCCAGACAGCAGUGGCCCUGACAUCUCGGAGUACCGGCUAGAAUGGGGAGAGACGGAGGACUCGAUGGAGCUCGUCUACAGUGGCAUGGAGACAUCCUUCGAGAUCCACAACCUCGCCCCGGCCACCCAGUACUGCUGCCGGCUGCAGGCCACUAACCAGGUGGGCAGUGGAGCCUACAGCAGCCUGGUCGCCUACUCCACGCCAGCCUCCGUUCCUGCCGCAGUCACCAACGUCUACGUCCUGGAGGAGCAGCAUCUGGAGCCCGGCCUGACCUCCACCGGCCUUGCCCUCAAGUGGGACGAGCCGCCCAGCAACGGCUCCGACAUCCUCUCCUACAACAUCGAUCUCGGGGACAGCCAGCUCACCGUGGAUAACGUCACAGCCUACAUCAUACGCCACCUCCUGCCAGACACCUCCUACAGGAUCAGGAUCCAGGCGGUGAAUGGGAUGGGGGCCGGACCCUACAGCCCGAUGGUGAAGACCACCACGCAGCCCCUGCCCCCUGAGCCCCCGCGCCUCGAGUGCACCGCCUCGGGACCACAGAGCUUGCGGCUGCGGUGGGGAGAGGCUGCGGGGACCAAGGCCACGCUGACCACCGACUCUGACACCAUCUACACCCUGCAGAUGGCCGAACCCAGCGGCAGGUUUGUGACGAUCUACAGGGGACCCAGCCACACCUACAAGGUGCAGCGACUGAAGGAGUCCAGCUGCUACAGCUUCUGCAUCCAGGCGCUGAGCGAGGCUGGCGAGGGAGCAUUCUCCGAGGUUUACCGCUUCAACACCACCAAGUCCCUGCCCCCCGCAGUCAAAGCGCCCCGCGUCACGCAGCUGGAAGGAAGGACGUGCGAGGUGUCGUGGGAGGCGAUCCCACCAAUGAGGGGCGACUACAUCGGUUACAUCCUGCAGGUCACUGUCGGACGCGAGCUGGACUACAAACAGGUGUACAAGGGCGAGGAGACAUCAUUCCAGAUCUCCGGCCUCCAAGCCAACACAGACUACCGUUUCCGCGUCUCGUGCUGCCGCCACUGCCGGGACACGUCCCACGAGCUGACCGGACCCUUUAGCCCCUCGGCCAUCUUCACGCUGCGGAGGAAGGAGAGCCCACCCGCCAGUGAGCUGCGGACUGUGGAAGCGGCUCAGAUGCGCGGGGUGCUGGCCAGUGACGAGCAGUUUGCUGCCCUCAUCCUGGCCGGCUUUGCCAGCCUCUCCAUCUUCAUCGCCUUUAUCCUGCAAUACUUCAUCGUAAAGUGAUGGAGGAGCAAUCCAAAAACUCCCACUCACAAUUCUUGAGGUAUAAACUUAGCUGAUACUAGUGCCAGCCCAACUCAUUUAUAUCUUCCAUUUCUUGACUCGCUAUUAAUCCACCUUUUAUUUUCCAAUUUUGUUAUCGAUUUUUUGUUGAUGUUUCAUUUUGUUGACCUUCCUCCCUCCAGCCGAGUCCCAGUGCAGGCACCAAAGUCAUUCCUCUCAAACCCUUCUCCAGAGCGGGCUGAGGAGCAUACAAUGGCCCAUCCAGACUGGUGGUUGCCCCCUGCCUGCCCACCGCCUUGUGCCCUCUGCCCCAUCUCUAUGGGGUAAGUUGAGGUUCCCCUCUGCCUUCCUCGUGGGGUAAGGUCCCCUUUGCCCCCAUCUGGGGUAAGAUGGAAUUCCUCUUCUUCCCUCGGGCAAGGUGCAGAUCCCUUUCUCCUUUGGGGAAAGAUGGAGAUUCCCUUUGCUCCUCCCUGGGGUAAAAUGGGGGACCUCUUUGCCCAUCUCUUUGGUAAAUUAAGGGUUCACUUUGCCCCUCUCUGGAGUAAGGUGGAGAUCCCUUUGGAGUAAGAUGGAGGUUUGUUCUACCUCUCUCUGGGAUAAGGUGGCCCUUUCUCCCUCCCCUUUGGUGAGAUGAGGGUCAUGAGCAAGGUGUGACCAGUUCAUCUCACAGCCUCUACUUGUAUGGUCUUUGUGUUUUUUUUAUACGUACACAUAUAAAUAUAUUAAAAAUAUAUAUAUUUUUGAGUAAAGCCUCCACAUCGGGAGGAGGUCCAUACAGGAGAGGACAAGCCCUGAAUAUCUCUACACUGAAGGGAAAGGCUGGGGCCACUGUACAAAAGGGUUGGAGGGUGUAGAGAAAUGGUCAGUGGAGGGACCAUGGUGGUUGGGAGGCAGUCUCCCCAACAUCUCCCAUUUGGAAACCGAGUUGCUCCAUGGCUAGUGCCCAGCCUCGUCCCACCACCCCCAACUCAUGUGGUGUUCACUUUGCCAUAGAGGCGAGGAAACACUUUGAGUGUGGUUGCAUGAGUUGGGAUGAGAUGGAUGAGGAGAUGGAGGGGGAGGAGGGUGGGUGAGGGGCGUUGGAAGAAUGUGGGGUGGUCUCUCUCUGCGAACCCCAACCUCGUCCUUCUCCUCACCCGUGGUCAUCUCAAGUCUACGAGCCAAACGGUGAAGCCCCCACUCCAGACGUUGGGUGGGAUACUGCCAUUGAGCUUCAAACUGCCUUUAACUAACCAUGCCUCAUAAUGACACGUAGUCCAAUUGGGAACCUGGUGCUGCUCGCCUUCCAGGUACCCUCUCCCCCACCCCUCCCUUCCUAUGCACACCUUCACCCCUAUCCCCCCACCCUACCUCCAUCACUCUCCCCUCCACCCUUUGGAGAUCCAACCAGCCACUGCCAGGUGUCCACCCUGUCUCUGAAUGAGGGUGGCAGAUUGUGUGGGGGGGUGGGGGGGGUUAGUAAGGAGGAAACUCACCCCUCCCACUGCCGGCCAGCCUACACCCACUCGCCCCUUCCCCCUCUGAUGCUGGCUGCCUAAGGGUCUACACUGCCCCUCCACUCACACCCCACCUCUCAUUUCCUUGCUGUUCCCUUCCCCAGCCCCCACCCCCCCCCCCCGACACAGGCUGCCUUGGGGUCCACACUACCCUCCACUCCCAACCCCCCUCCCCUGCCCUCCGUUUCGUGCUUCUCUCCUUCCCCCCCCCCAGACACGGGCUGCCUAGGGGUCCACACUGCACCCCCAAUUCCCCCUCGCCUUCCCCUCGUCCCAGAGGGAGUUGGGUGUCUGAGGCAGUUCCGAGGGGCUGAGGGAACUCUGGGGUUCCUGGAUGGACAGGGGUAGAGGCAGCAAUGGUGGGGUUGGGAUUGGCAUUGUUGUGGUCUUCUCCAGCCACGCCCAUUGUCCACACCCUGAUCCUGUCGCCUCCAUCCUGGGGAGACUGGACUUCCACGCCAUUCCCCUCAGAUCCAACAGCUGCCGACGAUGAACUCCCCCGCCACUCUUGCCUAAAGUACCCAUGUGGUACUUUGGCUGAAAGAUCAGCCUGAGGAUAUUGUGGAGCUGGAAACCCACAGGAGAAAUAGAGUUACAGUCAUACUGCAUGGAACCAGGCCCUUCAGCCCAACCCAUCCAUGCCGACCAAGAUGCCCUAUCUAAGCUGGUCCCAUUGGCCCAUAUUUGGCCUCCAAGACCUUGCAUAAUUGAAAAUUGUUGUAUGAACCAAAGCAAAACCCGAGUUUGUCGGGUAGUAAUGCCAGCCCUUUGUAUCCAGUCUUUGAGUGGAAUUGAAGUAAUAGGCUCAGGCAGCCAUUUUGGAAAGGGGUAUCCCAGCAUGAAUUUGGCUCAACACUACCCCCUGAUUGGUGGAGGAAAGCCGUUGCUAUGGAGGUGCUCUGGAUGGAGUCCAUCGCUAACCAAAGGUCCCAGCUACGCCGUACCGCAAGAGAGCGCAGGCCAAAGGCCUGUCGUUGUUUGCACUUUUAUCUUUCUGCUCCAGACCAGCCUUAGAAAUUGGAGGGGAAUAGUGGAGGUUCUCUCUGGAUCUCUUCAGAGUGGUUGGGUAGAUCCUGAGGGUAGGAGACGGGUCCUGGGUUGAAAUUCAGGACCUUGACCACGGUGCUCCCUCAGCACUGCACUGGGAACAACAGAGAUUAUUUUUUGGGGCGCAAGUGGGACUCAAGCCCAGGACAUUCUGAAGACCUGAUCAAUGGCCAACGAGUGUGAGCAGAAGCAUAGGGAGAGAUUGGUAGCCCACAUCAAUGGCCAAUAUCCUAAAUAUCAAGCACCCGCACAACAAUCAAGCUCCCAAUGACAGUUGAGAAACAGGUCCACCAAGUCCAUGCUGACCAUUGAUAUAUCAACGUUGGCCUCGAGAAAUGGGGGUUGUCGUUGCAGAAGAAGUCAGACACCAGUGUAGCCUUGUGGCAUUUAAGACCUGGGUUCUGCAUGUCCUAAUUUGUUGUAGUCACCCACUGUAUUGGGACGGGAGCAAUGGUGACGGGACCACCGUCUGUCGGACAUCUGUGCGGGCAGCGUCUAAAAAUGUAAGCUCUAACCUCAGCUGAACCACCCUUGAAGAUCUGGCAGCUAUUUACCUCACCCAGUGGCCACAAGAUAGUUCAGAGGACGUGAGAGAAGGGCCCUCAGGACUGUGGUUGGCAUGGGGUAGGGAAGCAGUGACUGUUCCUACCAUUGCUACCCAGUUGAAGAAUUCCCACCCCUCCUCUCACCGGACCUCUCAAACCAUUGAAACCGAACCUCCUUGAGACAACGGUACUGCUGAUUGGUGGCAAAUUCUUGUCCCUCAAAGACUCCUGUUAACCUAUGCCUCAUCCAAGGUGCUAUAUAAAUGCAGCUGGUUGUUGUUUGCUCCAGUUCCUCGUCUUCUGUGUUAUUUGCUUCCUGGUGCUACCUUCUGCCAUUGAAACCAUUGUGUGCUGUGGCCCUAGUGGAGGGCAGAGUGAACAAUGGCCACGAAUGGCAAUUGAAGUAAUUCUUCAGUGAAUGCCUUAUCCUGCAACAUAAAGCCUUGUACCAUCAGCCACCAACCUGAGGCAGUCAUUCCAUUCCCCACCAUCCCAGGCAUCUUAUGCCAUGUUGGGACCGUCCACAUCCUACCCCUCCACCAGGCACGGUCACAGAGAAUGGACAGAGCCCCAUGCUCACUCCAUCUGAUAGAUCUUUGGGGCAGAUCUCCGAUCCGUGGUCCGUCCACCUCCCUCCCACUCUCCGAUGCACAGUGGCUCCACCCUGCACAACGCAAUGCAGUUAGCACAGAGUACAAAGUGCUGGAGUAACUUCAUAGGAGCAAAAUUAGGCCAUUCGGCACAUUGUCCACUCCGCCAUUUGUUCAUGGCUGAUCUAUCUUCCCCUUUCAACCCCAUUCUUCGGCCUUCUCCCCAUAACCCCUGACUUCCCGACUCAUCAAGAAACACCUUUACUAUCUCAGCGGGUCAGGCAGCAUCUCUGCGGAAUAUGGACGGGUAAUGUUUUGGAUCAGGGCCCUUCUUCAUCAAAG